AUGCCAUCAUCGUUGUCUGACAGCGACUCGUCAAGUUCUACUGGGUCGAAGACAAAUAAAUUUUUCAAGAAGCUGUCAAGUAAGACCUUCAAUAAGCACCAUGAACAGGAUGAUCACCUACCAAAGAAUAACGGUCAGGCCGAUCAUUCUAAGUCCAAGGACAAAUCGCAUAAUCUUUUGCGACAUUUAAAGCCGAGUCACUCACAUGUCGUGGAAGCUCCUCAACGACGUAGUUCAUCUGAGAGCUAUGGACCGAAGGGCAAAUUGGCGAAAUCGAAUACGAGUCUGGGCCAUUCUAUUAUAUCAAAGUCAAACAAGAAUAUGAAUGAUCUUUUGGGCACCUCCGGCAACGUUAUUGCUUCACCAAGAGAUGCAACAGUUCCCAGACCGACUGCUAAAUUGGGACUUCCAUCUGUGGAUGAAUAUAAACCAAACAAACCCCAGAAACUUGAGUACAAUCCUUUCGGAAUCAACAACAGUGGUCUUCAAUUUAGCACUUCGUCGUCUCAAUCGAAAAAGUCUCGCACCUUUGAUGCGGUUGAUGACGAUACAAAUGUGCUACCAUACCCUGUGGAUAUGCCCAAUGAUCACCUUCCUGAUGAAUUCAAAUUGGAACAUCAAGUUUUAUUUGAUGAGUAUCAGUUUCCGAAGGACGAGCCGGGCAAUAUAGGAACAGGAGCUUCCUCAUCAGUUAGAAAAAUCCAUAAAAUCAACAAGCCCAAAGAAGUGUAUGCAUUGAAGAAAUUUGUGUUAUUCAAGGGUGAAACACCUAGCGAGUUUUACCAGCGUGCUUCUAAAGAAUACAUCAUUCAUAGAAACCUCUUUAAUGGGCUCCAUAUCGUGAAAUGCUAUGCUCUUAUCAGAAUCCCUCAUCAGCAAAAUCUUACAAGAGGGUGGGGUUUUGUUCUUGAGCUGUGUAAAGCAGACCUUUUUACAGUCAUGACCUCCCCUAACUGGUCCCUCACGACACCCGCAGAGAAAUUGUGUCUGUUCAAACAAACGGCUUACGGAAUCAAGUAUAUGCAUGAAUGUGACAUUGUCCACCGAGAUAUCAAACCGGAGAACAUUUUGUUGACUGCUAACGGUUGUAUUAAACUCACAGAUUUUGGUGUUUCUGAUUAUGGACACCAGAUUCCUGGUGAUUUCAGCUCGGACAUCAAAUAUAGUACACAGCUAGUUGGUUCGCCUCCUUACCAACCUCCAGAGGUUGAAGCAUUGCACGAUGUACCUGUAUCCAAAAGAGCUCCUUAUAACCCUUUCAAGAUGGAUCAUUGGGGAUUAGGGUUGCUCCUCUUCGUUCUCUUCUAUGGUGGUACGCCGUUUGCAGAAAGCUCGAGGAAAACUUGUCCACAGUAUAGAGAUUACGAAAUCUCGUACUCUCAGCUGUGUUCCAAAAAUCCUUCCUUCAGAAAGAAUGAUUAUACCAAAUGCCCUGCUAUCGAGUCUCGAUUUGCCAAACGGUUUUCUGACCCAGGUGUUGCUAGAAUUGCUUGGCGUCUAGCAGACCCUCAAGCAGCCACCAGAUACACUCUUUAUGACCUUUUCAAUGAUCCAACCUUCCAACAAGCUGAAAUGUGCAUUGAUGAAAAUGAAUAUGAAUGCAAUUUUUUCCAUCACCCAGACUCGAACUUCAAAGGCAAGUUCGAGUACGGCCACAAUAGCUCUUCGGCAUCCUCCCUUGAUUCGUCACAUUCUGUCUCCCAUUCAACCGCAUUGGUUCCCAAAAGUUCUUCCAAUAUGAGCUCCCUGGCUUCUGCUAGGUCCAGAGCGUCAACUAUUCAAUCGGUGGCUCAUACCUCGAGUAUGCUUGAUGUAGGCAAGCCCAAAAAACCUGUCUCAUCCAUGGUGGAUAUAGCUGUGGCUAAUGGAAUGCCAAAACACGAGGACUUCGAAGAACGAAAGCAAAAUUCAUCUUGUACAUCUUUGAGUUCUCCUGAAUCUCCUUUAACCAUCUCUGUUCAUUCAAAGUACGAUGGAGAAAAGCCAAAUAUUGGCGCACUUUCACUUAAUGAUCCAGCAAACGCGCAGGAUGAGAAGUUUGAUGGUAGCGAUGAUAGCCAACAAGAAGCUACCCCUCAAACAGAAAAUUCACCAGGUCUGAAGUCUACAGGAAUGUCCAGAGCAGCGUCCGUGGUGACUCUUGAUUCUCUGUGUACCAUAGAUGGGCCACAUCCAAUCAAACUUCAAGAUAACGAAAUUUUCAAGGUUAUACCUUCUGAGGUGAUAUGCAAAUGCGGAGGGACCAAAAAAAACCAUAAUCAUUUCCAUAACAAAUAG